ACGGCUUCCGACGACAAUGAUGAGAUAGUCACAGAUUUAUAUCCCUUCUACCGACUCUAUAAAAGCGGCCGUGUUGAGCGUUUCUACGACGUUCCAGGUUAUUACUAUGUUGAGCCAUCGCCAUACCACCCCUCUAACAGCGUUUUCUCCAAAGAUGUCAGCAUUUCACCCCACGUAUCCGCUAGACUCUAUCUUCCUGCAGAGAAUACCACCAAUGCCCAAAAACUCCCCGUGUUAAUAUAUUACCACGGUGGAGGGCUUGUCAAAGACUCGGCCACCUUCAAUCCGAUUCAUGAUUACGUCAACUCUUUAGCCUCCGAGCUAAAUGUUGUCGUUGUUUCUGUAGAGUACCGCUUAGCCCCUGAAGUUGAUGUGCCAACAAUUUACAAAGAUUGUUGGACUGCACUGCAAUGGGUCUCUUCGCAUGUUGACCAUGAAAAAUCAACCAUAGUUAACAAAGACUCAUGGUUAGCAAACUAUGGUGAUUUUUGUAGAGUGUUCUUAGCCGGGGACAGUGCUGGUGGACAUUUAGUGUACCACAUGACCAUGAGGGCUGGCAAAGAUGUCUUGAAUAAUAUGAAAAUCACUGGAUCAAUUCUUGCGUAUCCUUAUUUCUUGUUCCCAAAUCUAGACAUUGAUGAAGAGGGUUUUGCUUAUAGGAUUUGGGUCAGCAUUUGUCCACCACUGGAGUCUGGGCUAUCAUCCCCAAUUGAUAGUCCGUUCAUUAACCCACUUUCUGAAAAGGCUCCGUCUUUAUCUGGGCUAGCAUGCUCAAGAAUUUUGGUGUGUGGGGGUAAGAAAGAUGAAAUUAUUCCAUUAAGAAUCGUGGAUCGAUUUGUUGAAGGCGUAAAGGAGAAUGGAUGGGAUGGAGAAUUGGAGUAUCUUGAAGUUGAUGAUGGACAUGCAUUUCAGAUUUUUAAACCUGAAUCUGAGGAAGCUAAACGUAUGAUGAAGCGUUAUGCUGACUUCAUCUAUCACAAGUGA